GCUUAAAACGAUAUAAAAGGACAGCGAUUCGUACGUGUCAGCAGACAGUGAACCGUAAAGUCGAGUGCUAUCAAGUGCUAGAAAAAUGACGAGCUGGAUAUUUGUGACGAUCGUCUGCUGCUUGGUCAGUGGACUGCAGGCGCAAACGAACUAUUGCACCACAACUUACUGUUCUGCCGGAGUACCGAACGUCGGUUGUAAUCCGCCUGCAGCAACUGGAGGUCCUGCUUGCGUUGGAAAGAGUCCUGCGGUAGUGGUGCUAGACUCCACUCUACAAUCGUUGAUUCUUUCCGAGCACAACACCCGUCGAUCCCAGCUUGCUUUAGGUCAGUUGGGAUUCCUUCCUGCAUCAAAAAUGCCCACGAUAACCUGGGAUGCGGAGCUGGCAAAGCAAGCAGGCCACAAUGCGCGUAGCUGUGUCUAUGGACAUGAUCGUUGUCGUAACACACCAGUCUAUGCAUGGGCCGGUCAGAACAUUGCCAUUUCUAAGUUUUAUGGCAUGACUAAAACCAAUUCCCAGCUGUUAACGGAAGCCAUAAAUUCGUGGUGGAGUGAAUAUACCGGUACCACGCAAGGUCAACUCACUAGCUAUCCUGCUACAAGUCCAAGUCCUGUGAUUGGACAUUUCACCCAAAUGGCGAGCGAUCAAACUGACAAAAUAGGAUGCGCUAUGCAGUACUGGUUGGAUGGCCAGUGGAAAACGUACUACAUUGUCUGUAACUAUGCUGUAACAAACGUUGUCGGACGUGCGACGUACAAAACUGGAACUGUCGCCUCUGGAUGUACUACGGGACGCAAUCCUACUGCGAACAUGAACGGACUAUGCUCAACAGCUGAAAAGAUAGUUCCCACUUACAACAAAUAAAGCACGAAUGUAACACAUAUGGAUAUACAUAUGUAGUUAAUCAAA